AUGGUCUACGAAAUUGUUUACUUCAACUCACAAGGAAGAGCUGAUUACUUGAAAUUGAUUGCAGAGGUUGCUAAUAUCCCAUACAAAUUUGUUGGCAUCUCUGGAAAAGAGGAAUGGCCAGCACACAAGCCACAAACCCGAUACGGACAACUUCCCUAUCUCAAGAUUGAUGAUCAAGAAAAAUUGUAUCAAACCAUUGCCAUUGCAAGAUACUUGGCUCAAGAGGGUGGUCUCUAUCCAACCGAUAGAAAAGAAGCACUUUUAACUGAAGAAUUCGUUUCAGCUUUGGAAGACAUCUUCCAAGGAUUUGUUCGAGUGGCAUUCAGAACUCCAGAGGAAAAGAAGGCUGAAGAGACCAAGACUUUUGCUGAAGGAACCUUGAAGAACAUCUUUGGCGCAUUGAAUACCUUCUUGGAAAAGAAUGGAGGAUAUUUGACUGGUAAGCUCAAUUGGGCUGACUUGUAUUUCUUUGAACUUGCUCAUAUUGUGGAAAAUAGUCUCAAGAUUGAUGUGGUCAGUAUUGCUCCACAACUCCCCAAGUUGAGAGAACAUGUUUUGAGCAAUGAGAGAGCAAAGAAUUAUUGGGAAAGUGAAAGAAAUCUCAAGAAUAAGGUUUAA